AGUUAGAUGAUCCGGUAAGGAACGGGUCUUAGUAUCUAGGGGCUUGGUAGCUCCACAUCGCUCAUUUAAAGAGGAUCACGGGGCCCAGGCAAUACCAUAUUCCCACUCCGUGUUUGGAGAUCAUCUACUCAGGCUGGGACUUCUCGGGCAGGCAAGGACCCAGGGCCCCUGGAAGAGCUGACCCAGGGCCCCUGGAAGAGCUGGUCCAGGGGACCGAAUUCCCCAUCUCCCCAGAGCAGAGCAUGCCUGCCCUCCUGCCGCUGCUGCUGGGCCUCAGCCUGGGCUGCACCAGAGCAGGUGGCUUUGUGGCCCACGUGGAAAGCAGCUGUCUGCUGGAUGACGAUGGGAAUCCAAAAGACUUCACGUAUUGUGUCUCCUUCAACAAGGAUUUGCUGACCUGCUGGGAGCCCCUGGAGGCCAGUAUGGUUCCUCGUGAAUAUGGGGUGCUGAACGGCUUGGCCAAAUACCUCUCAGAUUACCUCAAUCGUAAUAAAAACCUGGUUCAGCGCUUAUCCAACGGGCUGAAGGACUGUGCCACACACACCCUGCCUUUCUGGACAUCUCUGACCCACAGGACACGGCCACCGUCUGUGCAAGUAGCCAAAACCACCCCUUUUAACACGAGGGAGUCUGUGAUGCUGGCCUGCUAUGUGUGGGGCUUCUAUCCAGCUGAUGUGACCAUCGUGUGGAUGAAGAAUGGGCAGGCAGUCCUCCCUCACAGUAGUUCCCGUGAUAUCAUCCAGCCCAAUGGAGACUGGACAUACCAGACUGUCUCCCAUUUGGCCACAACCCCCUCUUUUGGGGACACCUACACCUGUGUGGUAGAGCACAUUGGCGCUGCUGAACCCAUCCUUCAGUACUGGACUCCUGGGCUGUUGCCAGCGCAGGCGGUGAAGGUUUCUAUGUCUCUGGUGACUCUGGUCCUCGGCCUCAUCAUCUUCGCUCUUGGUUUGCGCAGCUGGCGGAGAGCUACUGCCUCUGGCUACAUCUUCCUUCCGGGGUCCAAUUAUCCAGAAGGUCGGGACACUUACUAGAGGCGAAAUCCUACAACUUCCUUUCCACGUGAGAAGGAGAGUCAGACUCUUAGGGAUGCUGCUGUGCUCCUCCAACCCCUCCAAGUUUCCACAUUUUCUUGGAUCCUAUGGUUUCUCUAUUUGAUUCUUUGAAUUUCCCAGUCCUCCUUAUGUAAACCUUACAACUGGGGGAACUCAUUCCUGGGAAUAUUCUGUAACCAAGGUGUUGUCCAUAGGUAGAGCCCAAGACUACAUAUCUGGGAUGGAUAUAAUCUGGGAGGAAGGUCAAAGGCCCUCUUGGGGGGCCCCCUAUGCCACAGAGGGCAUGAAUUGCUGGUGAUCGUCUCUGAGGAAUAAACUCUGGUGAAAAUA